AUGGCUGCAGGUCGCAUCGUGCAAGGUUUCAUUGAACUAUCUGAUCCGCAAGGGCUGCGACAAUUUGCGCCGGUCGAUUUCGAUUGGAAUCAAGAACUUGGCGAGCACAAGCAUCCGCCGUUGUUCUACGCAGUGAUCCACAGCCUUCCCGAGACCGCUUACAAUGACGCUGAGCAGGAGAAGCGACUUAAGACUAUUGAAUGUUUAUUAGAGCUUGGUGCCGAUCCCUUACGGUGUACAUCUUCCACCCUGCAGAAAGACUUGUUUUUUCAGACGCGCGUUAAGGGGAAACUUGUAUGCAAAGAGGAGACAUUGGUAGAAGUCUCCUACGAGGGCCAGUCGACAAUCUCGUUUGUAAUGAAUGUAUUAGGAGAACUUCGGAAAGGAAAAGGAGGCGCGGAUUGGACUGUCGCCUGCAACUAUCUGGAAAGUAUCCUGGCGCUGAUCAAGACUACGACGGCUGGAAAGUCCCAGAGCAUAGUCGUGCAUCAGGAGGUUGCUCACAUGUGGGAGUCCUUUAGAGAAAUGACCUCCACGCACAAUGUAGUUUUCGAAUCAUCAGAUGGGGAGGUGUCGGCCCAUGACCAUGUACUAAUGAUCUCUUCGCCGGUCUUGAAGGCCAUGCUCGAAUCCAGCAUGAAGGAAGGCUCGUGCCGGCGUAUUGAUAUCAAAGACUCGUCGAGCCGCGGAAUUUCCUUGUUCCUCGAUCUGCUCUACACAAGUUCAUCAGCCAUCGCAGAUCUCGAUUACAAGACCAUGCUCGUUGCAUUGGAUCUGGCACACCGCUGGCAAGUGCAGCACAUCGUUGACAUGCUCACGAACUCUUUGCAGCAGGAGAUCAAUGUUGGCAGCUUUGGGGAGAUUGCCGAAACCGCCACUCUCAAAGGCAUCGAACGCCUACAGAGAGCCUGCAUCACCUUCGGCUCGACGAAUGCCGACGUUCAGGCCAUGCUUCAGAAGAACAGUUUUCCACCAGCUGUGGCGAAGCUGAUGGGUAUGCCUGAGGCAGUCCGGACGGAGACAACCACUUCCAAGCGCAGGAGGUUCUCCUGCAAGCCGAUGAUCCGCUGGGUGGUGGACAACUUGUCACUGCAGGCAGACGACUCUCUCAUUAUCAUCUUCAACCCCAGCUGGAUGAGCAUGAAGAACUUCAUGCAAGAGAUACUUGCGGACAAGGAUUCGCGGAUCAGGCUGGUGGAGUUGCCCGGUCCUACCCGCGGUGCUGCAGAGACGGUGCUGAUCGGGCUUCAAGCGUUGCCGCAGGAGCUUCAAUCACGACCUACUUUGUUGGCAGAUGGAGAUACAUUCUACACCUCAGACGUCGUCGGCCAGUUUCGAAAGAUCGCCGCGACGCACAACGCCGUUUUCUGCUUCCAUGACACCCAGCCAAAGCCAAUCUACAGUUAUAUCACCAUGGAUGAUGCAGACAACAUCAAAGAAGUGAAGGAGAAGGUGAAAAUCAGUGACUGGGCCAACACAGGCUGCUACUGCUUCCGGGACGGUGCGGAGCUGGCCAAGGAGUGUGAG